CAACAACACCAACACCAACCUCAACUACGAUGACAACAACAACACCAACAACAACGACAACAGCAACUGUGCGUACACCUACAAGAAGACAAACAGCAGCAACAACUACGACUUCAACAAAGAAACCAAAAGAUGUUACAACCACUCCUACAACAUCAGCAGCAUCUGCAACAAAGACUCUGUAUUUGGGGUUGGGGGUAGUUGUUCCCUUCGUCGUCCUCCUCCUCAUCAUCGCCUACUGUACCUGGAGACGAAGGUUUAAAAGACGAGAAGAAGAAUUCCCGGUCUAUGACGAAAUUCAGGAGGGAGGACUGAAACUUAAAAAGCGUAUGGAUGGUUCUGGCGGAGCAUCAGCUACAUACUGCAUGGCGGGUUUCCCAGGCACAUCUCUAUCUUGUGAGUCGCCAUAUUCCUUGAUCACUAACCCUUUGCCUGAUGGUAAUAAACAAGGACUCAAGAAACAAACCACCCAACCAAACCAAAAUUAUCCCACAUAUCACACCAUCUUUGAUGCUGCACCAACAGGAAACAGAACCGGCACAUCUGUAACUAAUGAGUCGCCAUAUUCCUUGAUCACCAACCCUUUGCCUGAUGGUAAUAAACAAGGACUCAAGAAACAAACCAACCAACCAAACCAAAAUGAUCCCACAUAUCACACCAUCUUUGAUGCUGCACCAACAGGAAACAGAACCGGCACAUCUGUAACUAAUGAGUCGCCAUAUUCCUUGAUCACCAACCCUUUGCCUGAUGGUAAUAAACAAGGACUCAAGAAACAAACCAACCAACCAAACCAAAAUGAUCCCACAUAUCACACCAUAUUUGAUCCUGCACCAACAGGAAACAGAACCGAUACAUCUCUAACUAAUUAGUCACCAUAUUCCUUUAUUACCAGCUGAAUGACCAGAAGUGUUUCUUACUGAAACCCAUAAAAUUCUUAAAGUUUGUUUGUUGAUAAAAAUUGGGAAGAGAAAAAAAGCUUAUUUAUAAGUUUUGGAGGACUAGGUUAAACUGUUUCAAUGGGGCUUAAGUGUAUUAAGUUAUUUUUGUAUUAGAGUCCUGCAAUCCUUUUAGAAUAAAAUCCUUUAUUAUUCAUCAUUCUAAAAUAUUUGUU